CCUUCACAUAUUAUUCUUUCUUCUUUCUGCUUCACCUAUGGCAGUCCUAAAGAAGAAUCAAUGUCUUUGGAUUUUCAGACUUUCCACUUCCAAUCAUGGCAUUUUAUUCUUUCUGCUUUUUACACUCCAUGGCUUGCCGUACGUCACUGCGCAAUUCAGAACUGCGCCACCCGAUCCUCUACCGGAUAACGAGUUUAACACACAGGGGCUCACAUUCAACCAGAAAGUGGCUCUUGUCUUGGUGGUGUUGAUCAGUGUAUUCUUUUUAAUGGGAUAUUGCUCUGCUUACUUCCGACAGUGUUUCCAGCGGCGUUCACACCUUAGCGAUGGCGAGCCUAAUGCCGUCUUUCUUAGAGGAACCAACUACGGUUCCCGUAGAAUUACACGCGGACUCGAUGCAUCCGUUAUCAACACGUUUCCCACCUUUCUCUACUCCACUGUUAAAGAGCUUAAAAUCGGCGAGGGCUCCUUAGAAUGCGCCGUUUGCCUAAACGAAUUUGAAGACGACGAAACACUGCGUUUAAUACCCAAGUGUAGCCAUGUGUUUCAUACUGACUGUAUAGAUGCUUGGCUAGCUUCGCAUCACACGUGUCCCGUUUGCCGCGCAAAUUUGGUCCCUCAACCCGGUGAAAUGGCGUCCAGCAUCAUUCAAGUAUUUGACACGGAUAACGGUGGUUCGGGAGAGAGAGGAGUACAAGGAGGGGGUUCAGGAAUGGAAGUGGAAGAAUCGGGGCCUUAAACUACGAACGGUUCGACCGGUCAACUCGGUCUGGCCGCUGGGGUUUUAGGAUUCCAAAUGUUUGUGAUGAGGUGACGUGCACGGAACCGAACUUGCAGGAUAGAAGUCAUAAUAAUGAUGGUGAUCGAUCAUUUGAGCGGCUCCCUCCGGUCCAGUCU